UAAGCAGAAGCAAUGCAGACACGAAAAGGAACCAGCUCUAUUCUCUCUCCUUUUCCGUUCCCUCUCUAUCUUCGCAUACAGUAUUCGAGAAUUCAUACACCAUGGGAAGCAUCGCUACGCAAUCAUGGCUUCAAAAGCUCGAGGAGCAACUGAACGUAGAUGUCGACUGGAUGGACCCGGCCUUCUCCAUUCGCAUGAAAAACGAAUUCGGUGUCACUCCCAAUGACAUGACGAGCAACAACUUAUGGGUCAACAUUCAGAUGUCGCACCCGGACAACAAAGAUCUGUUCGACAACACAGUGCGGGAGUUGAAAGACGAGGGCUGGCUUGCCAUUUACACCCGCAUCGCCGUUGGCCUGUGCAAGCGCAACAUCGACAACAUAAAAGGCCGUGUUGCUCUCCAGGUUAAUCCGCACAAAGCCUACGACACACAGGCUGUUCUGGACCAUGCUCGAGCAUACGCCCGUGAGUUCGAAAGAGCCGGAAUUCCUAAGACGAAGUAUUUUAUCAAGAUACCUUCAACUGGUCCAGCACUGAAUGCGGCACCAAAACUCGAAGCCGAGGGGAUCCGCACACUAGGCACCGCCCUGUUCAGUUUGGCACAGGCUAUUGCGUGCAGUCAGGCAGGCAUGUUGUACAUUAGCCCGUACUUCAACGAGACCCGAGCCCACGAUGAUCUCAGUUUGUGGCCAGAUGUCGAGGACCCGGCCACUCAACAUACCAAUUCGGCCAGAGUGUGGCAAAUUUUAGAGACGUACAGACAGCUGUACAAAGAGACUGGAAAAGAGCAGCCUCUGCUCAAGAAUGCCAGUUUCAUCACCCCCAAGGAAGCCAUGGCUGCCGGUGAAAUGGGCUGCCACUCCGCAACAAUCUCUCAUACGGUCAUUGAGCAGCUUGCCAAACUCCCAUACGAUGGCACGGCGCAACCUGGAGAGGGAGUCCCGAAACCGCAACACGUGUACAAGACCCCAGGACCGACACCUGAGCGUCUGAAGAAAUUGAUGACAAUUGACCCACUCGCUUCCGCCAAAUGGGACGGCAAGCUUGCUAGCACCAAAGUAGACUACCUCGCCAACAACGGUGCGGCAUUGGAGGAGGCCAUCAAGAAUGAUCCAGUAUCGGUUGCGCGUCUAGAUGAUGCAUUGAGGCUAUUCCAGGGUGGUAUUGAUGAGAGUCAGGCCAAGAUUGAGAAGGCAUUGAAGGAGCUAUAG